AUGAGUGUUAUGUAUGAAGAGAUAAGAAGAAACCAAGAAAUAGAUUCAAAACAACACUAUCACCAACAGAACAAUUCAACACUAUCAACUCCAUUGUUUACAAACCUUAUUGACAACACUAGCAAUCAUCAUCAUGGCUAUAUCAACAAUGAAGAAUCUUUUACAACUGAGAAUUAUCUUCCAUCCACAAGCUCAGAAAUGGACACCAUGUUAUCCAAGUUGAUGUCAUCCAACAAUGGAUGGAACAAUUGUGAAGAGCCUUUGGAAGAGUUUGAUGUGAAGAAUGUGAAGAAAGAAGUAGGUGAAUCUGUUGGACAGAAUGGUGAUUAUAGUUAUGGUGGAUCUGAGUUGAUUUAUCAAGGCUUUUCAAGUGGUUCUGGUAAUGGUUUUUAUGGAUCUUUUGGUGGAGGAAACUUUAGGGAUUCUGAGGAUUGUGCUCAAGCUAAAAUGGGUGUGAGGAGUUGCAAUAAUCUUGUUAGGCAAAAGAGUUCACCUGCUGGUUUUUUCUCUCAUGAAAAUGGUCUUACAACAUUGAGAGAAGACACAAAUGGACAUGAAACUCCACAUGGAACACUUAACUUCUCAUCUAUGCCAUCUACAUGCUUGAAAAGAAUGCCACAAAUUGCUGAAAAUAGAAUCCAAAGUUUAGAAGCAAAUGGUGACUCCAAAACUCAACAUAUGCCUAGCUUCACAAAUGAAUUUUGGGACAAUUCAUCAUUCAAUGCUCAAAAAACAGAAACUGAAGAUGAAAUCAUGUUUUCUACUUCAAAUGGCUUGGAAUCUCAUGAAGCUGAUUUUUGCUAUCAAAAUCUUGGUUUGACUCAUCAUUUGAGUUUGCCUAGUUCUUCAACUAAGAUAACAUCAUCCAUAGAAAAGUUUCUUCAAAUUCAAGAUUCUGUUCCUUGUAAAAUUCGAGCGAAAAGAGGGUUUGCAACUCAUCCGAGAAGCAUUGCAGAGAGGGUAAGAAGAACGCGAAUUAGUGAUAGAAUCAAGAAAUUGCAAGGUCUUUUCCCAAAAUCGGAUAAGCAAACAAGUACAGCAGAUAUGUUGGAUUUGGCAGUUGAGUACAUUAAAGACUUGCAGGAACAGGUUCAGAUACUCACAGAUUGUAAAGAAAAAUGCAAAUGUGCAAGUCAUGAGAAGCAACACUCUAGACAUUGUAGCUGA